GAGAACAUUUUAGAACUCCAAAGCACAAACAGAGCAGAGUUUAUCUUCUCUCCGAAGUUCUUCGGCUCGAUUUCAGAUUCUUCAAAUCUUCGAACCAAUCUUACCCCCUAGACGAUCACAUUUUAAUGGAUCUGCAGUUUCUUGAUGUGGGCCGAUUUGCUUCGAUCCCGGAAAGGCAGUGAUUUGGCAUUUCUGGGGCUUUCCUAUCGAUCAUUCACCGAAAGAUUUUUUGUUCUCCUUAAAAAAAAAAAAAAAAGAGAGUCCCUUUUUGUUUUUCUGAUUGCUACUAUUCUUGUAAUGUGGCCCAAGGGUCAAAUUUACAUUAAACCCGAAUCGUUAAUCGUUUAACUUGUUGAUCGGAAUGGAGCCUUCGUGUGACUUUUGUAACGCUGUAAGAGCUGUGGUUUAUUGCAAAUCCGACUCUGCUCGGCUCUGCCUCCGGUGUGAUGGUUACAUCCAUUCAGCCAACUCCUUAGCCCAUCGCCAUUCUCGUUCGUUGCUAUGUGAUAAGUGUAGUUGUCAGCCUGCUAUAAUUCGGUGCUCCGACGAGAAGUUGUCUCUCUGUCAGGGCUGUGAAUGGAAUGGGCAGGGGUGCUCGGGCCCAGGCCAUUCCCAGCAGGCUCUGAAUUGCUACUCAGGCUGCCCUUCCAUGGCAGAGUUCUCGAGCAUCUGGGCCUCCAUUCUCGAUCCACCUCCUUCCUCAGGCGAGUUCGAUAACGGGUGGGGUUCGUAUAAUGGCUUGAGUUGCAACUUGGAGCGGAAGGGCAGUGAGGUUUGUUAUGGUAAUACGGGGCCAAACAAACUGACUGAGCUCGAAUCUUGGUUGGGACUUCCGUCAAGCUACACAACGCACCCAAAUCAAAUGCAGUUCUGUCGAGAUCAGGCACCCUCCAUGUCUCCAGACCUCAAUCCACCUAAGGUACUGCCUGGUUGUUCGGGGUUCAAGAACCUUGGAGUACAAGAUAGCGGGGCUGAUCUGUGUCAGAAUCUUAACAUGGACGGACUGACAAAUUUGGGAAACGGUAACGAUAUUAUAGAUUGCAAGACGGAUCAAGCUCAGUACCAGUUUGAGGAUGGAGAUAUGGAAUGCCUUCUGAUGGGGAAAAAUCUACCCGCUCCUGAGACCAAUGGACCAAUUGAGAACAUAGAGGCAUCGGAAUCAGGACAACCCGAAUGUGUUGCAUUCCAGCCUUCUCAGCUCGGGAACUUGAUUCUCGGGAUGCAAUAUGUGAAGGGAGGAGGUGGUGGCGGUACUAACAGUUGCAUGCUUAUGAAUCCUCCAAACUGCAACAGAAACAUUGGUUUGGGAUUUCCGGCUUCGAGCAAGUCCUUAUCAUUGUCUAAUAUAACCGGGGAAAGCAGCGCCUCUGAUUACCAAGAUUGUGGAUUAUCUCCGAUGCUUCUAUCUGUGGAGUCGCCAUGGGACCCAAAUCUCGAGGGCAGCUCUCCACAGGCAAGAGACAAAGCCAAGAUGCGGUACAAUGAGAAGAAGAAAACACGGAUGUUUGGGAAACAGAUAAGGUACGCAUCCCGAAAAGCCAGAGCCGAUACGAGGAAGCGGGUAAAGGGAAGAUUCGUGAAGGCGGGUGAAGCUAAUGACUACAACCCUACCGGUGCCACGAUGAGUUUCGAAACAGAAAAAGCCACCUUCCCUUGUAAGACAAGUUCCUGCUAAAAUAAGAAGGAAGCUUUCCGCCAUGGAUCAACACAAAAGAUGGGUCCAGCUCCCCUGCAGUUCAUAUGCAAGGUUGACACUAUGGUGCGGUAUUUUGUUCUUCAGAAAGUAAUGUUGUGGCCAGUAGUCGACUGGAUCAGUCCAGAGAUUUCUGGACAACAGGUCACUGCCCUUCGAAAAGGGAAAAAAAAAAAAAGUCGGUUUUACAUCGAGAUCUAUCGACAGAGGUGGACAAUAGCUUAUUGUCAUAAACAAAUAUAUAUAUAUUGGGAGUCAUAGACAACAAAAAUACGACAAUUCCAUGGCUAAUGUGAAUUUUUUGUGAACAA